AUGGUGAUCCUGUCAGAGGACCAGCUGGCCUUGUUUUUGCAGCGGCUCAAAUCAGAUGCAGCCCUGCAGCAGCGCGUUAAGGGUGUCCUAGUUGUUCCGGGGAGCCCGACAUCCCUAACGCCAGCUGACAGCUUCCCCUUGGCAUCGUAUGCACCGUACAGCAAUCGUGGCUAUGCCUGGAAUCGCAAUGGCACUGGUAUAAGCAAUCUGGACAAUGGCACACUGCCCGUGUUCCUGUUGGAGGGCGAUAUGGCAGUACAGGGACAGCUGCGCGCGGGGGCUAAUGCACUCAAGAACUUCAACGGGCCAUUACAUGAGGCGGAGCUGGACGCCACCAUGUUUGCGUCAGGGAAUGCCUCAGAAUGCAUCACACAGGGCAGCUGCCUCCCGCUGGGCGGCCACUCGGUGUGGGCAACACUGCCGCCGUUGCCUGUCACUGGCAGUGACAACAAGCCAGUUGUGCUUGUUGCUGCUGGAAUGGACAGCACAGCAUUCUUUCAUGCCAGGGCCAAGGGAGCGGAUGCUCCGCUGUCGGGCUUAAUAGCUAUGCUGGCGGCAGCAGAGGCGCUGGGCAACAGCAGCUAUGCUGAAGUGUACCGGAAGCGCAUUGUCUUUGCUGCCUUUGCUGGCGAGCCCUGGGGCUACAUGGGCUCCAAGCGUUUCCUGUGGGAGCUGCACAGCCGUGAAAACUCCACCAGUGGGUUGAGCUUGGAGCAGAUAGAGCAGGCACAACCUCCCGUAGUGGAAAUGGGGCAGGUAGGCAGGGCAGCAGAUGCCUCUGGGCAGAGCGCAUUCUAUCUGCAUUUCCAGCGUGAAGCAAGCUUUGGGGCAGCUGACAACCUUGUGAAGGCCUUCCUCCGAGCUGGAGAUGACAAUGCUGAAGUCAGCGAGGCAAGCAGCCACAACCCGGGCUUACCGCCGUCCUCGCUCAUGUCCUUCCUUCGAGUGAAGCCGGGCAUUUCAGGCGUGGUGCUGGGGGAUUUCAACACCCAUUUCAUCAACCCAUUCUAUCAGAGCCACCUGGAUGCCAACGUCAGCAUCGAUGCGGUCACUUCGGCCGCUGUUGUUGCGGCGCGAGCGCUGCAUGAGACGGCGUUUGGUGGCUCUGAGGUCCCAUCUCUCAAGGUGACAAGAAGCGCCGUUCGUGCGACGGUGGCUGCCCUCAUGAAGUGCCUGUUGACGGAAGAGCCUGGAAUGAGGUGCCAGCUGGCAGAUGCACUGAUCAGCCCCAUUUUCAGGGGAGAGCCUCUGCAUUACAUCAGCACGCUGCCCUUGUUGGGGCAAGAUUCACAGGUGUGCUACUUUUAA